GCAAAACAGUUAAUGUCGGCUCUUUAGAUUAUUCCGAGAAGCAGACGGAAAAAGAAGUGGAAACAUAUAAGCCAAUAUUUGAGGAUAUUAAAAAAGACGACAGCAAUCCCAUUAAAGCUGAAAACGGUUUUGAGAAAACAAGUUUGCCGCCGCUUGAGAAUCUUGCUUUAAAAAGUGAAGUGAACUCUACGACAGACCAGAAAAUGACACAGGAAGAUGCAGUUAACGAUGGAGCCGAUGAGCAGAUGUUAAGAGUCGAAGACAAUGACAAGUUAACGGUUAAACGCGACGAAGUGAAAUUUAUAAAGGGCGAUCAUCAGAAUGGUGAUGCCAAGAUCGAUAUCGGUGGCACACCAACACCGGCAUUCACUGGUAUGACUAAGGAGGAAUUAAUGAAAUAUGCGAAUGAUCCAUUUUGGGUCCGUUUACGUUGGAUAUUUUUCAUUACUUUCUGGCUUAUUUGGUUGGCUAUGUUAGGUGGUGCCAUUUUUAUUAUAAUUGAUGCUCCUAAAUGCGCUCCACCUGCACCAUUGCCGUGGUAUAAACGCGGUCUUCUGGCUAAAUUCUCGACUUUCUCCGUUGCCGAUGAUGAUAUUGCUAAAGUCCAGAAAAUGAAGGCUGCCGGUGCGAUUUAUGAAUUACCAGCAGAGUUCACUUACACCGUACGCGACGCCGAUGUUGAAAAAAAGAUCAAGGACAUUGUUAAUCGGUACAAUGAUAUAGAUGUAAAUAUAGUAUUCGAUAUUGUUCCAAAUUUUGUACCGAAGCAGUCGCGUAUUAUGACAGACGCCUUAGCCGAUGAAACUAAACGUUCAGCCUUUAUUUGGAUCGAAAACCCUGAAGCACCUAACAAAUGGUUAUCUUUAGUAAAUGGAUCGGCUUGGUCUGAAGUGUUGCCUGGAAAUUAUGUACUUUCGCAAUUUGGCGACGGAUUGUAUGAUUUACGUAUGAAUGAUACCAUCGUAAAGCGUGAAUUAAGUGAUGUAUUGCGUCAUCUGGCUGCGCUUGGUGUAAAAGGGAUACGAAUGAAAAAUUCGAAGUUUUAUAUUCUAUCGAAAGAUCUCCAAGACGAGGUACCAAGCGGGAAUACACAAUACGAUUUAACUGACUACCGUUUUUGGACUCAUUUUCAUACAACUUUCCAAGAGGGCUUGGGAGAUACUUUAUAUGAAUAUAAGGCAAUUUUUGAGAACUCAACCGACGAUGCACUUUUCACCGUGGCCGAAGACAUGAUACGUCCGGAGGUUUACAAAACACGCAACGGUGAGAUGAGUGUCGAUAUACCUAUGUAUAGCAGAUUUGUGCAAAACAUACGUUCUGAAGGAUAUGUCCCCGGCAAUGCUCAGUUCAUGAGGGAAAUAGAAAGGGAGGGUGCAUGGCUUCAAUGGGACUUAGAGGAUAUUAAUAAAGUUACGACGGACAAUCCCUCAGCUAUAAUUUAUUUUUUUUCAUUGCUUCCUGGUGCACCAGUGUUGCCAACUGAUGGCCUCGAUAAAAUAAAUGGUUCCAUCUAUAAGCAAAUCUCACAAUUGCGUUCGUCUCCCUCUUAUAUGCACGGCAGUUUCCAAGCUUUCGAUUCUGAGUAUUUGUUAGCAUAUGCAAGGAGUAAAUCUGGUAAUCCGGGUUAUUUUGUAGUUUAUAAUCCUACAAAGGUUGCUCGUAAAGACAAUUUUACCCUGCAGGGGAUGCCUGAAAAGAUGUCGCUUCAUUCUUUCAGCGAUAAUUUCAUCAUCAGCAGUAACAAUACCAAGUCCAACAUUCUUACUGAUGAAUUGGAAGUUUCGCCGGGAUCGACAGUUAUCUUAUCAUAUGUACCUUUGAAGUCGGAUUAAGAAGACUACGAGAAGAUAUGCAUUAGUAGUCGAAUGCAAAUUAAAAAACUAAUAUUUCAGCAUUAAUACAUUUAUUCUUUUACGUUUUCU